UGUGAUUUGACAUUGCGUGGUCGGCGCAUAUUCUCCAAUGAAAUCCUAUUCCAACGAAAUAGAAACAUUAAAUCCUUCAAUGCCACACUUGCCCACAUCAUAGAGAAAACUCUUCACAGUUUACAUAAUUUCACCAUGAAUUUUGCAGGCACAAUGCUCAUACUAAUGGGGCUUCUGCUCCUCUCUGGUACAACCAAGCUUAUCAUGGCUGAAGAAUCAUCUCAGGCUACUGUGACUGCACAUUGCUUAAGCUGGAGAUUAAAUGUAGAAGCAAAUAAUCUUCGCCACUGGAAAGUUGUUCCUGAAGAAUGUAUAGAAUAUGUAGGGACUUAUAUGCUGAAUGGAGAUUAUGAAAGAGAUUUGGCAGCAGUCAUUGAGCAGGCUGUAAUUUAUGCCAGGCAAUUUAGCCCUGGAGAGGAUGAUGGAAGGGAUGCUUGGGUGUUGGAUGUGGAUGAAACAGCUUUGUCUAAUCUUGAGUACUACAAGACCAGAAAAUUUGGGGGAGAAUUGUUUAACCAGGAUGCAUUCAACUCUUGGGUAUUCAGCGGAAAUUCUCCUGCUUUAACUGCAACUUUGGAACUUUAUCAACAGCUCAUAAAAUUGGGCUUCAGGGUAUUCUUUAUCACCGGGAGGGAUGAAUCCCAGAGAGAAAUCACACAGGAUAAUUUAAUCUCACAGGGAUUUACAAAGUGGGAUGGACUCAUAUUAAGAAGUGAGAGCGAUCAUGGUGACAGCGCUGUUGUGUUCAAGUCGCGCAAAAGGGAGGAAUUGAUAAAGAAGGGAUAUCGAAUAUGGGGAAAUGGAGGAGAUCAGUGGAGUGAUGUAAUAGGGAAUUCUGUUGGUGCUCGGGUAUUCAAGCUUCCAAAUCCCAUGUACUUCAUUUCUUAAUGUCAAAUUUGAAUGAAAUUGUCCAUGUGAAUAUUAGCUGUGGGAAUGGACCCACCCAAACAGGCCCAUGAAGGGCUUAGCCAUGUAAAAAAAAAUUGUUGCAGAGGCAACCAUUGUUGAGCCUACCCAAUUGAGGUGUGCCCUAACUAUUGUGGUUUUUUCAAUAGAUAAGUGAGGGGGCUAAAUGAGUCCUGCUCACUUGAAAAUCAUAGUUCAAUACAAUGAAAUUGAAAUAAAAGCAAACCAAUUCAGAUCCAAAUUUUAAACGAGAUCCAGUUAGACAUCAUUGUUAAUUCACUUUUUUUGAGGGAGAAGACUGAUGAGGUUCAGCUUCAACAUCUAUGUUAUUUUCUUCAUCUGACGAGAAAUCUUCCUCAAAAGAAUAAAGAGGUCCAACUCUGACAUUCCCUGAAACUCUCAAACUUUACAGAUUGUUUGCUGACAAUAUUAUUAUAGAUUAAGAAUUUCUUCUCUA